CUUCUGAGCAAGUGCGCGUGCAGGAUUCCCCUGGCUGGCCAGAACAAGAAUGCGGUUCCUCGAAUCCUUCUUCUACAUCAAUCAAACUUCUUCACACCUGCGCGCAUGGCGUGGACAUCAGUACCACUAUCAUGUUGGAAAUUACAAGCAAGAGCUCGCCGAUAGGCUCUACGAUAUUUGCGCUUUGCGCUCUCCUCGUCAUAUCGCUCGUCGUCCUUGGCAUCUUGCGACACUAUCUCCCACUUCGAUCGACCCCUGCCUUCUACCUCGUGCCCAUAUUCUUUGCACUAUGGUUACCAUCAGUGGUAGUAGUUCUCGUCCCGAUCGACCUGGCAUCGAGCGCAAUCACGGACGAUGAUGCUUCCCGCGGCAUGUGGCUUCCCGAGCGAGCCAUUCUCGUCUCCUGGCGCAUCACGUACUGGCUGACAUUUGUCCUGACAUGGUUUCUUCUCCCCAUCCUUGCCGAAUACUCCGACUCGGGCUACCGUGAACCAAGCGCCAAGCUGGCAUACUCCUUACGAUCGAACGCACAGUUCAUGGGUAUGGUCCUGUUGGCCAGUCUGCUCGGCCUCAUCUACGUGGUCAUCUCGUAUGGUUUCAACUUCGCCUCGCUCAAGGGCCUGGUCAUGGCAUUGGGCUAUGUCUACGGCCUGGUUCUCGCCAUCUACCUCAUGGGUCAUGGACUCGUGUCAAUACCCCGCCGCCUGAUUCGCAACGCCAGCAUUACUGGUCGACUUCGCCGUCUACAAACCAAGGCACCACGAUUGUACGAGCGUAUGCAGGAUUCCUUGGUCAAUCUGGAAGAGCUGGAGUAUCAAGUGUCGGAGCUAAGCAGGCGCAAGGUGGGCAGCGCUGCCGACUUCAGGGACUGGAUCGAGGAAUUGCAGGAGAUGGCCGACGUGGGCGAGCACCAUGCGCCACCGACGACAAUCGAUCCCACGUCAAACCGAAUCAUCCCGACCGUGAUCACCGAAAAGUACCUUGCGGACCUGACCCGAAACCUCAUGCGUGCCCGACAUACCCGCUCGCGAUACGUCAGCCAGUGGAACCACAUGAUCCAAGAAGCCGCAGAGACACAGGCUAUCAUCGAUUCUGCAGCCUCGAAGAAGCUGGAUUUCGGCGACGCCGACCCUCACGCGGGCCUGUGGGAGAGGACCAGGAUCCUGACACCGUAUACCCGACACAUGUUGCAUUUUCAAGUGCUGCCCUACGCUCAUGUGCUGCUGGGCCUCUUCCUCGCAGCAUCGUCGGCGUGCAUCGUCUGGUCAGAAGUCAUCAAGGUGGCAUUCCCAAGGCUUUCCGUUAUUCGGUUUACCGUCAUCCACCAUUGGAGCAAGGACAAAGCCGAGGUUGGCUUUGCCGGGCAAUGCAUCGCCUCGUUCUGGAUCUGCUACAUGUGCGCUGCUGCGCUCAUCACCAUGACCGAGGUCAAGACCUGGCGUGGGCGCGCCCUUGUGAAGCGCAACACGGCCUACGAGUCAGCCUUCUGGUACGCUCUGCAAGUUGCGAAGCUUACAGUACCCAUCUCCUACAACUUUAUGACCUUUUUGGUCCGCAGAGUGUACACAAAAACAGUGUUCUACAAGUUCUUUGGUGAGUCCAUCGACUUGACGCCAUUGGGUCGCUGGUUCGACGAUCUGUUGCCUGUUUUCGUCUUGCUUCCCGUCGUUGCCACUUUGUUUGGCGUAUACGGAAAAAUCAAGCGCAUUUUUGUUGGGCUCGAUGUCGUCGAAGAUGAGGAGGAGAAUCUUUCAGCCUUUGGUACGGGAACAUGGCGUGAGGGUCGGGACCUCAUUGAACGUGAGCUACGCGGCAACACAACUGGGCGUCGGCAGGAUGCUUUCACCCGCCUAGCCAGUGCCACCGGCAACCCCAGUCAUUCUGCACCCGUUCUCUCCAUCCCUUCGGCGCGAAGACAAGGCACCUCGCCGGCUCGCUCGCCAGUCCGUCCUGCACUGGCGAGCAAUAGCAACAACGGGCGCGCGGGCCAAUCCUCAAGGACAUCACGUCUCGAAGAACCGGAAGAUGACAAUAUCUUUGCAAUCAUUGGACAUCGCAUGAAGAACACUAUUGACACCAUCGACACCCCCCGGUGGAUGCAAGAUUUCAAGAAACCCAAGUGGAUGGGAGGUAAUGAUGACGCUGAGAGUGGCCCACAGCCACAAGAGCGACCAGGUGGCGGCGAGCGCAACAACUCAGACAUCCGGCGAUGGUUCGGCGGUGAUAGCGGAAUCAGACUGUAAGACUUGCUCCCUUGUAUUUGUUUUUGGACAACAUGUAAUAGCGGGAGGCCCUCUACAACCCUGCAUGGACGGGCCCGGAGUUGCGGAGAACUUGACACACAAACAGCCUUUUUGUAUUCCAUUGUAUAUUUGUUCUACGAGCAUGUGUGUAUUUGACGCUCAUCCUGCCUUUGGCGGCGAGGUGACUGUAUUCCAAGUAUGCGCUUUGCUCAUGGUCCUCUUGCGUAGAUUACGCAUAAUGUCCUUCUCCAUCUGGUCGAUAUUCCGCUCCAAGUCUGCAUCAUCCUUCUUGUGCUGUGCCUCUCGCCUUCUAUCGAACCAGAUCCAUGCAACAACUAUGAAAGCCGUAAUUGGUACCGUGACAGCGAAAUAGAUCCACAAGUCAACCGAGACGGGAGUGGCAUCUUUCGCGCGAUCAUGUUAGUUGAGGUGGUCCACACAGAACUCAUACCCGUGUUGGACUUACCAGCUUCGAAAUUGAAAAAGGAC